GGCGGUGGUGGUGGUGGCGGCGGCGGCAGCAGCAGCGGCUGCGCGCGCGCGCGGGUGCGAACGGGGAACGCUGCGAGGGCCGGGCCGUGCCGGGCGGUGGGGACGACUGACGGCGACGAUGGCCGCGGCAGCAGGCGGCGGCGGCGGCGGGCCUGGGGCAGCGGCAGGCGCCGCGGGCGCGGGGGGUGCGGCGGCGGCCGCGGGUCUGGCGGUUUAUCGACGGAAGGACGGCGGUCCGGCCAGCAAGUUUUGGGAGAGCCCGGAGACAGUGUCCCAGCUGGAUUCGGUGCGCGUCUGGCUGGGCAAGCACUACAAGAAGUAUGUUCAUGCGGAUGCUCCUACCAAUAAAACACUGGCUGGGCUGGUGGUACAGCUUCUCCAGUUCCAGGAAGAUGCCUUUGGGAAGCAUGUCACCAACCCGGCCUUCACCAAACUUCCUGCGAAGUGUUUCAUGGAUUUCAAAGCAGGAGGCACGUUGUGUCACAUUCUUGGGGCUGCAUACAAGUAUAAAAAUGAACAGGGAUGGCGAAGGUUUGACCUACAGAAUCCAUCUCGAAUGGAUCGUAAUGUGGAAAUGUUUAUGAACAUUGAAAAAACAUUGGUGCAGAACAAUUGUCUGACCAGACCCAACAUCUACCUCAUUCCAGACAUUGACCUGAAGUUGGCUAACAAGUUGAAAGAUAUCAUCAAACGGCAUCAGGGGACAUUUACUGAUGAGAAGUCAAAAGCUUCCCACCAUAUUUAUCCAUAUCCCUCCUCACAAGAGGAUGAGGAGUGGUUGAGACCCGUGAUGAGAAAAGACAAGCAGGUGUUAGUACAUUGGGGAUUUUACCCAGACAGCUAUGAUACUUGGGUGCAUAGUAAUGAUGUUGAUGCUGAAAUUGAGGAUCCACCAAUUCCAGAAAAGCCAUGGAAGGUUCAUGUGAAAUGGAUUUUGGACACUGACAUUUUCAAUGAAUGGAUGAAUGAAGAGGAUUAUGAGGUGGAUGACAACAGGAAGCCAGUGAGCUUUCGUCAGCGAAUUUCUACAAAGAAUGAAGAGCCAGUCCGAAGUCCAGAAAGACGAGAUAGAAAAGCAUCAGCUAAUGCUCGAAAGAGGAAACAUUCACCUUCACCUCCGCCUCCCACACCCACAGAAUCACGGAAGAAGAGUGGGAAGAAAGGCCAAGCUAGUCUUUAUGGGAAACGCAGAAGUCAGAAAGAAGAUGAUGAGCAGGAAGAUCUCACCAAGGACAUGGAAGACCCAACACCUGUACCCAAUAUAGAGGAAGUAGUACUUCCCAAAAAUGUAAAUCCAAAGAAAGAUAGUGAAAAUACACCUGUUAAAGGAGGAACUGUAGCAGAUCUAGAUGAGCAGGAUGAAGAAGCAGUCACAACAGGAGGAAAGGAAGAUGAAGAUCCUAGCAAAGGUGAUCCAAGUCGGUCGGUUGACCCUGGUGAAGAUAAUGUAACAGAGCAGACCAAUCACAUCAUUAUUCCUAGCUAUGCAUCAUGGUUUGAUUACAACUGUAUUCAUGUGAUUGAGCGGCGUGCCCUUCCUGAGUUUUUCAAUGGAAAGAACAAAUCCAAGACACCAGAAAUCUACUUGGCAUAUCGAAAUUUUAUGAUCGACACAUACCGCCUAAAUCCCCAAGAGUAUUUAACCAGCACUGCUUGUCGGAGGAACUUGACUGGAGAUGUGUGUGCUGUGAUGAGGGUUCAUGCCUUUUUAGAGCAGUGGGGACUCGUUAAUUACCAAGUUGAUCCAGAAAGCCGACCCAUGGCAAUGGGGCCUCCUCCCACCCCUCAUUUCAAUGUAUUAGCUGACACCCCCUCUGGGCUUGUGCCUCUGCAUCUUCGUUCACCUCAGGUCCCUGCGGCUCAGCAGAUGUUAAAUUUUCCUGAGAAAAACAAAGAAAAACCAAUUGAUUUGCAGAACUUUGGCCUUCGCACUGAUAUUUACUCCAAGAAAACAUUAGCAAAGAGUAAAGGUGCUAGUGCUGGAAGAGAGUGGACAGAACAGGAGACAUUGCUACUGUUGGAGGCUCUGGAGAUGUAUAAAGAUGAUUGGAACAAAGUGUCGGAACAUGUUGGAAGUCGCACUCAGGAUGAGUGCAUUCUUCACUUUUUGAGGCUUCCCAUUGAAGACCCAUAUCUUGAAAAUUCAGAUGCUUCUCUUGGUCCUCUGGCCUAUCAGCCUGUUCCCUUCAGUCAGUCAGGAAAUCCAGUCAUGAGUACUGUUGCUUUUUUGGCAUCUGUGGUGGACCCUCGUGUGGCAUCUGCUGCAGCAAAAGCAGCUUUGGAGGAAUUUUCUCGGGUGCGGGAGGAAGUACCGCUGGAAUUGGUUGAAGCUCAUGUCAAAAAAGUACAAGAAGCAGCACGAGUCUCUGGGAAGGUGGAUCCCACCUAUGGCUUGGAAAGCAGCUGUAUUGCAGGCACGGGGCCCGAUGAGCCAGAGAAGCUUGAAGGAGCUGAAGAGGAGAAAGUGGAAACAGAUGUGGACAGUCAGCAGCCUGAGAAGGUAGAAAAUAAAGUGGAAAAUGAAGUGGAUGAAGGUGAUAAACAAGAUGGAGAAAAUGAGAAACAUGGUGAGAAGGAGCCCGACAGUGAAGUUAGCGAGGAUACCAAAUCAGAUGAAAAGGAGACUGAAGAGAACAAGGAACUCACUGAUACAUGUAAAGAAAGAGAAAAUGAGAUUGGGAAGAAGAAAGUAGAACACGAAAUUUCUGAAGGAAAUGUUGCCACAGCUGCAGCAGCUGCUCUUGCCUCAGCUGCUACCAAAGCCAAGCACCUGGCUGCUGUGGAAGAGAGAAAGAUCAAGUCCCUGGUAGCUCUCCUGGUUGAGACACAGAUGAAGAAGUUAGAGAUCAAACUUCGACAUUUUGAGGAGCUGGAAACUAUCAUGGACAGAGAGAAAGAAGCUCUAGAACAGCAGAGGCAGCAGUUGCUUACUGAGCGCCAGAACUUCCACAUGGAACAGCUGAAAUAUGCUGAAUUACGAGCUCGGCAGCAAAUGGAGCAGCAGCAGCAUGGCCAGACCCCUCAGCAGGCACACCAGCACUCAGGAGCGCCUGGCCUGGCCCCACUGGGCACAGCAGGGCACCCCGGCAUGAUGCCUCAUCAGCAGCCCCCGCCCUAUCCUCUGAUGCACCACCAGAUGCCACCACCUCAUCCACCCCAACCAGGUCAGAUACCAGGCCCAGGUUCCAUGAUGCCUGGGCAGCCCAUGCCAGGCCGCAUGAUUCCCACCGUGGGAGCCAGCAUCCAUCCCUCUGGGAGUGGUCCUACCCCCCCUGGUAUGCCUCCAAUGCCAGGAAAUAUCUUAGGACCCCGGGUACCUCUCACAGCACCUAAUGGCAUGUAUCCCCCUCCACCGCAGCAACAGCCACCACCACCACCCGCAGACGGGGUCCCUCCACCUCCUGCUCCAGGCCCACCAGCCUCAGCAGCUCCUUAAUGUGGAAGAAGCAGGGAACACCCACGCCUACCACCACAGAAUGGGGGUGACAAGACAAGACUUGUGUUCCUCAGCUUCCUCGGGUUUCUUUUCAGGAUUUUUCUUCUCGCAGCCCCAAGCACAUGUCCAUGUCUCCCAUUCCUCUUGUCACCCACCUCCAUGCUCUGACACCUCUCAUUUGUGUCAGGGCUUCAGCCUGCACUCGAAGGGGAGCCGGUGGUACCAUUGUGCCCUGGUCAUUCUGAAGAUUACCUAUGUCCCCCUGCCUGCUGUGGGGGUGUUGGCAAUCUGUUCUGCAGGUCCUGUCCACAUUGGUAUCUUGUGUCUUCAUCAUCUUCGCUCUCCUGCAGUUUUUGGUUUUUGUCUUAGGUUUCUGCAGAUACUGCUCUAUAAUCAUUAUCUUUCUUUUUUUCUUGUCAUUACUGUUGUAAAGGAGAGCAUCCUGAAGUUAAUAGGAACCAAAAAAAAAAAAAAAUGGUGUUAGGCAGAUGGGGGUAGCCACAGGGGAUAAAAUGGAAGGCAUUAUAAGUGACCUUAUUUCUGCUUAUCUGAGCUAGGAACGGUGCUGCCGGUGAAGUGUCAGGGGACUUUGCAACACAUAAAACGCACCAGAUUAUAAGAAAUGGGAAAGGAGACCCCACUGAUUAUCUUCCCUAGUGAGGGCCUCCACCCCGCCUGGCAGAGCAACCACUCUAGCUGGUACACAGCAGAGGAGAGCACAAACCAUACACACGACUGCUUCCCCAGGCCACUGGUUCUGGUUUUCUAUGCAGAGGGGUUGUUGGGUUAGGGGUGGGGAUUUGUUUCUCUGAGGGCAGUGUGAGCUCUGAGGGUUAGGUUUUGGGGUGGCAUCCUUCAUUCCCUAGACUGAAGUGUGAGUCUAGAGCAGUGGCCCCCUGUGAAUCUAGCCUAUGAUUCACUGCCUUGUAUGCAUUCUUUUUCUUUCUCUUCAAAAAAUAAAAAAAAAAAAAAAACCUUCAAAAGAGGAAAAAAAAAUAAGUAGAUAGUGUUAAACCCUUAGCUCCUGGAACUUGGUUAGGAUGGCUGGUGGGGGGUACGAGUCCCCAAACUACCUCUUGCUGUAGCCAGGGUGAGUGGAAUUACAUGAAACGGUACUUCAGGCUCCAGAUGGGAUUGAAAAAAAAUAGGGCAGGUUCAUUGGCCUCUUGUACCUUCUCCUGCCUCUCUCGAAGAUCUCAGAUUCCAUCCAUCACAGGGUUAUCAAGGAGAUGCUGAGAGUAACAAGGAACUCACUUGGCGGCCAGAACGCCAAGCGUUGAGGCGUGGGGUGCUCAGGCUGGAAAGGUGCAAGGCCUUUCCAGAGGAGGAGCCACAAGAUGCCUUAACUUGAGCCUGGAUCUACCCCUGCUGAUGAUGGACUUGGGAGUUCUUGGUUUUUCACUUCUUGUCCUUUUUCCCUUCUGCCCUUCCAUGUAUGGGGAAAGGGUGUUUUUGGUAGAGCUUGGUUUCCAAAGCGCCUGGCUUCUUCACAUCACACUCUGAAGUGGCAGUUUUAUUGUUUAGAAUGCAAAGUGGAACAUCGCUUCGGUAUCUUUUUCUAAUAUCUUUUCUAAAGCUUUACAAAUGAGGGGUUAUAGGGAGGUAUUUGUAAAACACUUUGGGACUUUUUUCCUUAAUAUCAGAAAGAAAAGAAAAAAAAGAAACCACAAUUGAGAUUUGCCUUUCAAACCCUCAGGUCUGCCUCUAACCAGGUAGCCCUGGUCCACAUCAGAGCACUGGGGUACGGGAACCAAGGAGACCUUGUUUCUGUUGUGUGUGUGUUUUGGACAUUUGCCUCCAGAAAGAUCCCAGUGCCUUUUGAUAAUGGCCAGGGUUUUCCAAAGGAAACUCAUUCCAAAUACUUACCUGUUCCCCUGGAGUCCUCUAUGGAAAAUGGAAUUCUGGUUCAUACUGUGGUCUCUUGUAACCUCAGGUCUUUAAUGUGAUCACUUCCAAUUUACAAGAUCCAGGUGGAAAGGCUUUUACUAUGCUGGUAAUAAUUCUACAGAAUAACUGAAUUCAGCACUGUUAUGUUUCAGUAUAAGUGACAUUUUCUUUUCUUGUCUUUAACCUGAUUUUAUUUCUGUAUCACAGCCACCCAAGUUUGUUUGAGGGGAUAAUAAUAUGUGGUUUUUGUACAAA